CAGUUGGCCGAUGAUGAAGCUCACGAUUGUGUUAGAAUUAUGGUGGGUGUGUUCUCAAAUUCGGGGUUUUGUCCAGGGAAUCCCUCUAGAUAUUGUGAUUCCUGAGAAGAAUAUUUCCGACGAAAUCUCAUCGAUGAGCAUCCAAAUAACAGAAUAUCCAGGGGGUCAUGUGCUUCUCAUAACUCCUGAACAACUUCUUACCAACGUUUCUACCCACCCACCGACCAAAACAGUUCCAUCUUCUAAUGAAAAUACUGAUCAGCACCUUCAAACCGUCUUCAAUCAAACCCUCCUGGGUUUGCAAAAGCAACUGACGGACAUUUUGUCAAAAGUAACUGUCUUGGAAUCAAAACUGGAGAGAAAGCUGAUUCAGGAUGUCAAGAAGUCACCGAAUGUCUUCUUCGUCCCUCCGAACCGGACAGAAUCAUCGCCAAUCGGCCGAUCUGCCCUUGAACAUCUGAGAGAUCGAAUAACCAAUGACAGAGUCGAGUGGAUGAUUCCUCCAACAGAGCCCAUACCUCCAGCCCCUGAACCCCCAUCCAAACAUCUGUUCUCCAGAAUCAUUCCCCACGAUCACUCGACAUCUUCAUCAGUUCCUGAGCAGCAGAUCGAUCUGUUGAAUCGAUCGAAGAGGAGGAGCGAGAGGACACGUGAAACACCUGAUAAAAAAUCAAAAGUGCUUUCCCUGUGUGCCCAGAUUACUCCAUUUGAUGAGAAAAUUCAAAAUUCGUCUGCCAUCGCGAGUAUACGCCGAUCGAAAAGGACUCGUCGGGAUGUAUUGAGCAAUACCGAUAAGUUGAAGGAACCGCCGCUGAUGUCAGGAUUGUUACGUGCGAGCUUCAAGGAACGAGAAAAAUAUAGAAUAACUCAGAAUGCAGUACUGAGAGCGUUCAUAAUGUCCAAUUUCGUUAUGAGGGAUAAGAACUCCUCCAGGGAUCAGGAUGAUGCGUGAAGAUUUAUUUUAUGAUCAGUGUCAAAUCUAUCCACUUUAUAACGAUUCAUGUUCGUACCCAAGGGUUUUUUUAUGGUUUCCUAUGUUAUGAAACAUACAUAUAUGUGAUAUAGUGGUUGGGAAGCUUGUUAGAUUAGCUUCGAAAUGGCACCUAACGUGUCCAAUUUUGAUAGUUUCUCAUUGACUCACAAGAGUUUUAAGGGAAAAAUUAAUUUUAAAGUUUUGCUCAAAACAGUCACUUUGGUAUAAUUGUUCCAAGCCCUACACUCUAUCCACUCUGGAGAGAUAUCCAUAGACGCCUUUGAAGUGUGUUAAUAGUUUUCCAAAAUAGUAUAUGAUAAUUACAAUUUCAGUGAAUCUCGGUAGAGUUAUUGUAGGGAGAAACAAUUGACAAACGGAAGGACUGCGAGAUAAAGAAAAGAGAAAUAUGUCAAGUUUUAUAAAGCUGCCUUGUGGGUUUUUACAGAGAAGAUAUGUAAAAAUAUGUACUCGAUCGCUUUAUUCAUUCAAAGACAAUCCUAAAAUGAAGAGAUUGAAGGAAAAACAAGCAUUUUUUCAGCGACACGAUGGAGUUCCAGUUUAUCUGAAAGGAGGCACCAAAGAUAAAAUUUUCUACGGAGCUACCUGGGGACUCAUGGGAAUAGGCUUCAUUAUGUGCGUUAAGUAUGUCGCAGAAAACAUAUCACAGGUUUAAC